AUGUGUCCGUAUGUUUAUUGUGUUUUGUUAUUUCUCUGUCUACGCCUGUUUGCGGUUCAAAGUGAGCCACCGCUCGACGUAAAGGGAAUCCUGCGUCAGUGCCAGAGCAAUAUAAACUCAUCAAUCGCUUUGGAUAAGAACGACAGGCUGCUGAUGACAAACUGGACAGCCGAGUUCCAAGUGAAGCAGGUCAACAUAACCGCACACUACCGGCUAGAGAUGGCUAAGCACAGAGAGCAUAGUUUUAAGAAAGUGCGCUUGAAUACUAAGUGGAACGAAUGUUUAAGACUUCACAACAGGGAAAUAAGAAAAACGAAGGUUACAUAUUUCGAGGCAGAGGCAGAGUGUCUCAAAGUGGCCAACUCUGGCGACAAGGAGAAAAGGAGGGCGGUCAGCCAAGUCGAAAAAGAGAUCAAAAAAUGGCGGAAGAGUUACAAGUAUCUGUCAAAGCUGUGCGAUGUCAAUAACCCGGGCGAUGCAGAUGGCGCGGAAAGUUGCUUGGCUCAAUACAUAAAAAACGACAACUACGACUCGACCUUCGAGAGGCUGAUAAUCCUGAAGCUUGACGCCAUGUCGGAGCUGCUGCUGCAGAUGGACACCUGUCUCGUGCAGCUGGAGAACUGCCUGAGGAUGUGCCUCACGGGCCACUUGACCAGCAUCAGGGGUGUCAUGGAAAACUUGGGGCAGUGUUACGGACGCAAU